AGAUCAUAUCAAAGUUUCAUUUUGUUUACUUGCCGUUCAAACUUCCUCACCUCAUCAAGAGACCGUCUGAAUCAACCUGACUUCGUGAUCACUUCUCUCUUUCCUCUACUCAAUCUUCACAAUCUUCAAGAUGUCAGAGACGAAGGAUAUGCAAAUUGGCGUCUUCAUUCCAAUCGGGAACAAUGGCUGGAUCAUAUCCACCACCUCUCCAAAAUAUCUACCCACCUUCGCCCUCAACAAAGAAAUCGUCCAAUCCGCCGAAUCUUACGGUUUCGAUUUUGCUCUUUCGAUGAUCAAAAUGCGCGGCUACGGCGGCGUAACUCAACACUGGGACUACAACCUCGAAUCCUUCACCCUGAUGGCCGGUCUCGCCGCCGUAACCAACAAAAUAAAACUGUUUGCCUCGACACCAAUCUUGGUAUUGCCGCCAGCCGUCGUAGCGAGAAUGGCGACGACGAUUGAUUCGAUUGCUCCGGGACGGUUUGGGGUUAAUAUUGUCACCGGGUGGCAGACGGCCGAGUAUGAUCAGAUGGGGAUGUGGCCUGGGAGUGAGUAUUUUGGGUAUCGAUACGAGUACGCAACAGAAUACGUACAGAUCAUGAAAGAGCUCUGGAGUACAGGGCAAUCAGAUUUUAAAGGAAAACACUUUACGAUGAAUGACUGUAAACUCCUCCCCAUGCCCUCAGAACCCAUUAAGCUCAUAGCAGCCGGUCAGAGCGGACCAGGAACCGCCUUCGCAGCCAAAUACUGCGACUUCAACUUCACCUCCGGCACAGGAAUCAACCAACCAACGGCCUUCCGCGACGCCAACGCGCGCCUCGUCGACGCCGCCAAAGCCGCGAACCGCGACGUAGGCGCGCUCGUCCUCCUCAUGAUCAUCACCGCCGAAACCGACGCCCUCGCCCACGCGAAAUUCACCCACUACAACUCCGGCACCGACAUCGAGGCCCUGACCUGGAUGCGCAACCAGAGCGGCAAAGACACCAAAGCGGACGAGUUCUCGACCGCGAUGCGCAUGGUGAAGAUGGAUAGCAAUUGUAAUGGGAGUAUGGCGACGCUGAUUGGCAGUUGGGAGAGUGUCGCCGGGAUGUUGGAUCAGGUCGCGGGCAUGGAGGUUAAGGGUGUUAUGCUUACGUUUGAUGAUUUUGUGGAGGGGGUGAGGGUUUUUGGGGAGAGGGUGCAGCCGUUAAUGAAGAGUAGGAGGAAUGUUGUGAGGGAGUUGGCGGGAGAGAAGGUUAAUGGGGUUUAGGGAACUGCUAGGGAGUCUAACGAAUUGCUGGAAUGAGGAGGAGAGCUAUACUGAGCCACCAUUCACUUGCGUCACCUUGGCGCUGCAGGUAAGACAAUGGUAGGAUCAGGAACAGCGGAGUCGGGAACUUGGAUCUAGAUUUGCACGUUUCCAAGCUUCAUCUCAUGACAAGAUUAUGGGUAGAGUGUCAUUAAUCGAGACCAAACUUGAU